AUGGCCAUAAUAACAGGAAUCUUCAUCAUUCAACGCUUUGGUACAAAGCUCUACUGGAAGCUCCCCCUCGGCCUUGACGAUCUCUUCAUCGCACUGACGAUGUGUGUCGCCAUUCCUUCCAUCGUCAUCAACUCCCGUGGUCUCGCCCCCAACGGCAUGGGUCGCGACAUCUGGACCGUUACGCCUGAUCAGAUCACCCAGUUUGGAAUGUUCUUCUACACCAUGGCCAUCAUGUACUUCUCUCUACAAACAUUUCUGAAGCUGUCUAUGCUGUUCUUUUACCUGAGAAUCUUUCCGACGCAGAAUGUCAGGAGGUUGCUUUGGGGGACUGUUGCCUUCACGGUUGUCUUUGGACUGGUGUUUAUCUUCGUGGCCAUCUUCCAGUGUCGGCCCAUCAACUACUUCUGGUUGAAGUGGGAUGGACAACAUGAGGGCAAAUGCGCCGAUAUCAAUGCGGUUACUUGGUCCAAUGCCGCUAUCAACAUCGCCCUUGACUUUUGGAUCCUUGGUAUUCCCUUGUCUCAGCUAAAGUCACUCAACUUGGAUUGGCGAAAGAAGAUAGGUGUUGGCAUGAUGUUCAGCGUCGGUAUCUUUGUCACAAUCAUGAGUAUUCUUCGUCUUCACGCCACAGUCCAAGCCGGCGUCAAGACCACCAACGCAACAUGGGAAUACCUCGCUGUAUCAAAAUGGUCCACCAUCGAAGGCAACGUCGGUAUCAUCUGCGCAUGCAUGCCGUCCCUUCGAAUCCUGCUCGUCCGCCUAUUCCCCAAGAUCCUGGGUACUUCCCAACGCUACUACAACUAUGGCAGCAAGAGCAACAAGCCAACGCCUGGCAACACUCACAACCGCAGUGUUCCGCUUGGAACCAAUGCCACUUCUCAAGCAGAUCGAUCACAAAGGCGGGUUGACCCUGUAGGUAUUGAAUGUCAUAGGACAUAUGAGGUGGAAUAUGGAGACAAUGAUGAAACAUAUUUGGUUCAUAUGAAGGAUAUGGAUCAUAAGAGUGCGAGAUCAGAUAUCAGGUCGGAAAUCUCUCUUUAA